GACUAGACUGGAAUAGACUAAAAAACCCUAGAAAGAAAUAUUAGCAAUUCCAUUCCAACCAACGUAAGGUGAAUGCGAAGGUGAAGGUUUGAUUUUUCGUUAAUCUGCUACAGGCAGAGUCAGAGGUUGUAAUUUGUGAAAAUCCAACGAUCCCCGGCUCUUCCUUAAAACCAGUCAAUUUCCUCAAUCUUUUUAAUGGACAUCGCUCUUUUCUCUCCUUCUUCGCUGUUUGCCCACUCCGAUGGAAGCUCAUCAGAGGAUGAAGGGGUUGAUGAAGCCCGUGACAGCUUCGAGGAGAGGAAACACCAGUUUCCUGGGAUGGCAGGCAUAUGAACCAUUGUUGAAUGGGAACAAGACUCUAGAUUUUUGCCUCAAUAAGGAGCUGCUUAUCCGGGAAUUUUCUUUCCACCAGUUGAAUGCUAAUUUGUUGUGGCCUGGCACAUUCGCCUUUGCUGAAUGGUUGGUUCAACAUCGACAAUGGAUUGAAGGAAGGAGGGUACUGGAAUUGGGCAGUGGAACUGGAGCUUUGGCCAUCUUUUUGGCCAAAACUUUUCAACUAGACAUAACUACAUCUGAUUAUGAUGAUGCUGAAAUUGAAGAGAAUAUUGCUCAUAAUUGUGAGAUAAAUGGUGUUACUCCUGCCCUACCACAUAUAAGACACUCCUGGGGAGAUAUCUUUCCAAUUUCACAUCCAGAGUGGGACCUAAUAAUAGCAAGUGAUAUUUUGUUAUAUGUUAAGCAGUACGGCAACCUAAUAAAGUCAUUGUCAUUUCUUCUCAAAUCUUCCAAGACUAAAGCUAGUGGGGGUACUGGAGCAGCAUUCUUGAUGAGUUGGAGGCGUAGAAUAGGGAAAGAGGAGGAGUCGAUUUUCUUUAGCGGGUGUGAAGAAGCUGGGCUCCAAGUCGAGCAUAUUGGAUCGCGUGUGUACUGUAUCAGGGCAAGAUGAUUGGGGGAGUGAAGAUGAUGACACAGUUGUAUUGAAAUGAAGCUUGGAAAGUAGUGGAUGUUGUUCUAGUGCUAAAGAUGGCUGGGGUGGGGUGGCUGGCUUCCAGUGAUCCUCCCCCGUCCAAUCCAUCCUUGGGGGUUGGAAUUACUAUUAUUGUUUUGGGGAUUUGGUAGUUCCCAUUGCAUGGGUUGGAUUUGAUUUGAUUUGCAGUCAUCUGAGUCCCCCUGAUUUUGGGAAUGACAAGGGCAAUUAUAGGGGUUGGUUGGUGUGUCCUUGUCAUUGUCAUCAUGCCCACCCUCCACACACACCUAAGCCUAAUUGAUGAGUAGCGAGUUAUAUAUAUAUAUUACACCAUUGUUCACCCAAAAUCACCUCUCUAUAUCUCUCUCUCUCUCUCUCUCUCUCACCAUCUGGGCUGCUCUGCUCUGCUCUGCUCUAAUUUUCACUAGAGCAAGAGCAGGCGGUGCAAUAGUGAUUUUUUUGUAAAGUAUAAACAAAUGAGAGCGGGAAGGAAUUUGGCGAUAAUAAAAUAUGCAUGGGGAAACAAGUUAUGAGUAAGAAGAGUGAGCGUAUGUAUG